UUUAGUCUUUUCUCUGCACACAUUAUAUUUGGCGAUUUCUGUGUCUCUCUCUACACCAGCCAAGGCGUGUGACAAAAAUAGAAGUGAAUCACAUUGAAAAUACUGGGAAGGAAGCUCUGCAAUGAAAACCACAAAAAUAUUAGUACUAAAACACGAAAGCACGCAAAAACGUAAACACUCAAGGACGUCUCUGUCCUCGUUCUUCUUCAUCUUCCAUAUAUUAGGAGCUUGGAAAAAGAACAAGGUUCGGAAUUGUAUCUGGGUUGGAUCCGAAAUCGGACCCACUCUCUGUCUCCCUCUCCCACGCUUCGAUUGUCUUUGUUGCAGAGAGAGAGAGAGAGGGAGGCGAUAAUCGUCUCUUGGUCUUCCUCAUUGUUGCCGCGAACCUCUUAUCAUUAGGUUCCUCUCUCUUUUCUCAAUACGUGUAUAUCAUCAACAUGUAUAUGUAUAUUCAUAUCUUUAUGAUAGAUGCAGAUUUAUUAUUAUUAUUAUUUUCAGGAAUAAGAUUUCAAUUUUAUCUUUGUUGUCUGUUAUGUUUAAUUCUUCAUUUUUUAUAUAUAAUAGUAAUACCAUUCUCAACUUAAUGUUGACAAUUACUACUUUUUCAUUCCCAUGUUUUUGUGUGUAUAACCAUAUAUCUAUGUUUCUAUAUAUAUGUUUUCAACACUUGAUCCAUUUUUGAAAGCCAUGUAAAACUUUUGUUGCUUACUGUAUUCUGCAUUUCUUGUUUCACUUUAUUCAUUGGAGGUUUAAUAUUUUUGUUCUUAUUCAUCAAACCAUCACGGGGACACUGAAAAUUGUCAUAUAUAUAUAUAUUCAAUUUGAAACUCACACCCCUAUUUUGCACUUAGAACGCUAGAACCAUUGGUUAUUGGAUAUGAUUUUAUAAGUAUAUUCUCUUACUAAUUUUUUAAUUUCUUGGAAUUGGCUUAUAAUUUUAAUUUCAUUAUCAGACUUUUAUGAAUUGGGUACCUGAAUGUUGAUUUUUUCCAAUUUUACAAGUGUCAUACUUGUUAUUUUAGUGACUAAAUUUUUUCACAAAGGAUCCUCAUUUUCUUGUUCACCCUCUCAACAGAGGCUAUAAUUGGAUUCAGAUUACAUAGAUGUCUGCUAUUGGCAAAGGUUCUCUGUUUUUCUUUUGCUGUACAUAGCUGUGCUGUUGGCAUCUUGUAUGAAGGCAAUUUUCGUGGUCACAGAGGUUAAAGUUAGUAAUUGUAAUGGGUACUUGUGUAUCAACACCAUCUAGAACAGUUAAACCGCCAAGGAAAUUCCGUCUCCAGCUCUGCAAAUGCCAUGGAAAGCUUUCUAAUUCUGUCCAUAGAGUCAGGAAAAGGAAUAGCGAUGUUGGGACUCGUGUAGCUGAUUUGGCUACAAGUGAGUUUGUUCAUGCAACCACCACUUGCAGAAAAUCUGGGGUUCCCAAUUCAGCAUUCCAUCUCAAACAAUUGCAGCGGCACGAUAGUAAAAUUGAUGCUAAUGUGAUUUGCCAAGAGGAAGCAUGGUUUGACUCGCGCAGUAUUUUGGAGUCUGAAUCAGAUGAUGACUUCAGCAGUGUGCGUGGAGGAUUUUGCACCAAAAGAAAGAAACAAUUAGAUGGUUCUUGUGGAAGCCCUGGCAUUGUAAAAGAGCAUAGAAAUGAUUCUCAAAAGAAAGCUCAAGAGAAUAUUUUGAUGUCUACCUUACCUAAAUUGCUGCCAUCUUCAAGUUCCAGCAACAAGAUCAUCAAUGCACCAAGCCCAGAUCAACAAGAUCAGAGAAAGAAAUCAACAGUUAUUAGGCUUUCAUUAAAGAGGAAAUCAAUCAAAAGAGAAGAGAGAAAUGAAAUUUCUGCAUCAAAAAAAAUUCUGUGUCGUCCGAGAGCAGGACUCACAAUUCCAUGUUGUACAGAAGGGAAGCCAACUAUAGGAUGGUCUGAGAUUGAACCCUCAAAUUUUAAGCUCCGUGGUGCUAACUAUUUUAAAGAUAAGCGCAAAUCCCGUGCGCCAAAUUGCAGUCCGUAUACUCCAAUUGGUGUUGAUCUUUUUAUAUGCCCAAGAAAGGUUAAUCACAUUGCCCAACACCUUGAGCUUCCUACCAUGAAAGGAGAUGGGAAGGUGCCUCCACUUCUUGUUCUCAAUAUUCAGUUACCUACUUAUACUACUCCAUUGUUCCUUGGUGAUGCUGAUGGGGAGGGUUUGAGUCUUGUACUAUAUUUCAAACUUUCAGAGAAUUUUGAGAAUGAAAUCUCUCCUCACUUUAGUGACAACAUUAAGAAAUUGGUAGAGGAUGAUAUGGAAAAGGUUAAAGGGUUUGCAAAAGGAUCCUCAGUUCCUUUCAGAGAAAGGCUCAAGAUCAUGGCUGGGGUGGUUAAUCCGGAUGAUCUGGUCUUAAGUUCUACUGAAAGAAAGCUUUUACAUGCUUAUAAUGAAAAGCCAGUCCUUUCACGCCCUCAACACAAUUUUUAUCAGGGUCCCAAUUACUUUGAGAUUGACCUCGACAUUCAUCGGUUCAGCUACAUCGCAAGGAAGGGACUUGAAUCAUUCCGAGAACGUUUGAGAAAUGGAAUAUUAGAUUUGGGUUUGACAAUUCAGGCACAGAAACCAGAAGAACUGCCUGAGAAAGUGCUUUGCUGUGUGAGAUUGAACAAGAUCGACUUUGUUAAUCAUGGCCAAAUACGCACCAUCUUCACGCGAGAUGAUGUCUAGCAUUUAAAGUUCUUCAUUGGCAUCUGCUUGUGGGAGGGCCAAGAUGUUCAUCCAUUAUGUACAUAUUUCUACUCCCUGCAUUCCCAGACUUGUACAUAUGAAAGGAAAAUAUUUUCCUUUUUGGGGGAAAAUAUUUUCAUUUCAUUUCAUAAUCAUCUGAAGUGCUUUUUAGGGACUGUCCUCAACUAUAUCCUUCCCCAAUACAUCUCAUCAUGUAUUUCCUAUUUCACUAGGUUUAGUCUUUUAGUUUGCCCAGAGAAGAAAAAGGUGGAGGAGGAGGAAAGAAAAAGAGGAAUCAGCUACUUUUUUUUAUUUGAAUGUCAUUUCUCCCCCAGGGUUUAGUCCAUCAUGGGAGGUUGAGGCCCUGUUGUGACAAUAGUGGUGUGUAUGAAUGUGUUAGGUGCGUGCAGCGUGCCUUGCUGUAAAAAGAAUUAAUAAUAAUGUAAAAAAGAUAAAAAGAAAAUAAAUAUUUUAACUGCAGAUUAUC